ACCAACUAAAACAACUAAACCACAAACUAAUAUUAUCUUCGCUCUUACGUGUCUUCUCCCUUCUCCUUCAAUGUCUAUAAAAAUGAAGUUCCUAAGUGGAGAUCUAUGCGGUUGACUCUCUGCCUCUCAUUCUACCCUUCAACUUCUUUUCCCUUUCUACCACUAAGCGAAAAUAUGGCAGCUUCAAGAACAACAUUAGUGAGCUUGGUUGUUGCGACCAUGCUCAUAGAAUUGGCAAUGGCAGCCAGUUACAAUGUAGGAGGUCCGAAUGGCGGGUGGGAUUCGACUACCGACCUUCAAACUUGGGCAUCAUCCCAGACAUUCUUAGUAGGAGAUAAUCUCAAUUUUCAGUACGCACCAAGCCAUGAUGUGGUUGAAGUUUCAAAAGCAGACUAUGAUUCUUGCCAAGCAAGUAACUCAAUUCAGUCUUACAGUGGUGGCAGCACUACCAUUCCUCUGUCUUCUCCAGGCAAGAGGUACUUCAUCUGUGGAACAAGUGGACAUUGUAGCCAAGGAAUGAAGCUAGAAGUGGACACUCUUGCAACUUCUGCUGCACCAACUGCUUCUCCUCUGAGCCCUCCUCCACAAGAAUCUCCUUCAAUCCCAGCCCCUUCUUCCUUGGACACUCCAUUGGCUCCAGAAACUUCGACUGCCUCACCGGCACAAUCACCACAAUCUGCUCCCACUUUGUCCCCUGCUUUGCCAUCUGAGUUGCCCAUCAGUCCUGCAUCAAACCCAAUUGACAUUCCUUCAACUGAAGCUCCUACUUCCAUCUCUCGAACCGGAUCUUCAGCACAACCAUCUUCCUCAUCACUUAACUGCAAAUUAGGUAGCCUCCAGGCCAGUCUCACUGUGGGGUUCAGUGCUGUUGUGAUCAUGUUGUUUCUAUCUCCCUAGGCUUUUAAACAAAGGAAGAUUUAGAUUGUUUGUGGAGAAGUUUAUGUUCAUUGGGUUUUCUGUGUGACAAAAUUUCUUGUGCAUUUUAUUCCAGUUUUAUGAUUGCUUCCUUUUGCAUUUGGAAAAGAAA